AUGGUCACGUGUUUGACGAGAGGCACGCGAGGCACUCCAUGUUGCAGGCCUCAGCAGGUCAUCCUGCUUGCCCUGGGACUUCUGGCAUCCUGCAAUCUUCAGGGCUGCCUGCCUCCUGACUGGUCGUUUUGUGACUGUGACUUCCGUGAUAACUUCUGGAACAGUAUCCUCAACGAUGUGCACCUGCUGUGGGACGGCCCAGAUUUUGUUCGGAAAGCCAGAGACAACACGACCUUUCAGGGACGAUAUCUACAAUCUCCGCCAGAUGACUUGAACUGUCCCGUUUCACCGACUGUCUUCUGGAAGGCCUGGCCGCAAUAUGGAAUUACGCGUGGCCUGAUUGAAGGAUCCAUGGGAGAUCUCUGGAUGCCUGGAGCUAGAGACAGGUUCAAACAAGUCUGCAUAGCGGGACACAUCGCUUUGAUGGCAAUCUGUUCACAACAUUUCUUGGUGAAAGCUGCCCGCAUGCAGGAGGCAGGGGAUCCAGAUCACAUGAAGUGGCUAGAAGCAUCCUAUGGCCAUAUGGUUGCUAUUCGCAACCUUGGCCAGGCCUACCAGAUACGUCAGUGCAUGGGUCAGCAAGGGUGGUCCCUGAACGUGGGUGCCUUCCACAGGUAUACCGAGACAUGGAUAGGAAGAGAAGCACAAGGAACCGCCCCUCAAGCUGCUUUUCUCAAUGGGAAGGUCGACCCGUGGCAGAUGUUGUUCACAAAGCCAAUGCAUCAUGACAGCGAGAGCCGAGCAGCAGCAUUGCCGGACCGAAGAGUUUGCGUUCCGUUCAAGGACCCAGCGUGCUGGAAACGCAAAUCCUUACUGUUGAUAGAGACAUGCGAGCAUUGUUGCAACCCGUUUGAGCAUAAAUCGGGUCGUGGAGCAAGUUGGUGUUGGGACGACGAGUGGACAUAUGAGAGAUGCUGCCAGCAGGACUACAAGGAUCUUGUGUGCGAAGUUAGGCGUAAAGGUGAGGAAGGUGGUUGUGUCGACUGCAAGAAAUCAGUGACGUACGUCUGCAUGACGCCACCUGAGAAGCGACUGCAGGAUGCACAGAACAAUUACAAUACAAAGGUGGAUCUUUUUAAUUCUUUGCAGGACAAAGCCAAGACACUGGCAACAGACAUAGCGGCAACUCGGAGUGACCUAGUAGACAAGGACGGAACAUACCGAAACCUUCACGCUGACCUGAAUGCAAAGCUGCAGAUCUGGCACCGGGCGUUCAACAAUGCCUCACGACUGUCCUCAGCCGCACGCCUUCAGCAACAGGACGCCACGUGGAACAAUUCAAAUUCAGCCCUGCAAGAGGCGCAAGGAGUUUUGCAUGCCUCACAGGCUGCAACAUCUUCUGCACAGGCUGCGCUUUCAGAGGCAAGAAGGCUGGAGCAGCUAGGAAGCCAGCUGCUUGCAAACAACGAAUCGUCUUAUAAUAAAGCGAAGAGCCACCAUGCCGCGACUGAGAAGGCACUGACUUUGAGCCAGCAGAAACAACAAGUGGCAGAAUCAGCCACAACUGAAGCGGAGGAGGCUCUCAAAGCUGCAGCUCAAGCAGCUGAGGCGGCCUUGGAGACUUCGGAGUCCGCUAACACGUCGUGCGAUGCGACCUACUUAAGCACCCACCGUGAGCUGGAAGAAGCAGAAUCAGCCAGGGAUCUUCUGCGAGCUCAAGCCUUGAAAGCCGUGUCGGACCAGCAAGUCGCAACAGCACUGCACAGCUUCUCACAUGCACAAGCAGCUCGUGCCUGCUACCACCGAGCCGCGAUCGACACAGCGUCGGCCGGCGCUCGCGUUCGCUCUGCCCAGCACUUGGUCAACGAGGCCCAGGCUGCUCGUAACCGCACUGCAGAAGCUCUCAACGCAGCACGGAAAGACGAAGACUUAGUGCAGCAAGCCAUUUUCAAUUGUACUAUUGGUUCUAGGGGAUCUUCUGCAAGUCAAUGCCUCAUUGCGAGUACGCCUGCCAACAAAUCUGCAAAGCCUCUGACAAUUAAGUCAUCAUGGCAGAAGGAUCUUUGCACCUCCUGGCAGGGAUGUGACGCAGGAGGGUGUGCCUGUUCUGACUGCGAAGCUGAAACUGGAUACAUGGAGCCCGAAAUCAAUUCCCUGACGCGACGGCUUCAGGAGAGCCAGCGCUUCGCAACCGAAGUCCUGAAAAGCCAAAGGGAAUUCGAGCCCGACGAAGAUGCUGUCUAUGUACCCCCUGAGCUAGUCACCGCAUCGGAAGCGGCUGCUGAGCAAGUCUCGUUGGCAAGAGAGGCGCAUGCAAUGGCGGGCAAAGCGUCCAAAGACGCAGAGAGCAGCCUCACCAGGCUAAAGGCUGAUCGUGAAGCAAUUGGCAAGAAGCAUUUGGCCGCUCAAACAAAGUUGAAGGAAGCACGGAAUCGCGAGAAGGAGUUGAGCUCAGAGAUGUCAUCCGUACAAGCUCACUUGCGCCGCAAUGUGACUGCGCUGGAGCAGAUGAAGCAUCGUCUAGUGGAGGCAAACGAGACAGCACUGCGCACGGCAGUCCUUGUCCAGGAAGCCAUCAGCCGCGAAGCAGCAAGCAAGGAAAUGCUAGCGAAUCUAACACAGGAAGCUGAGCGUCAAAAGCGAAAUGAGCAGCUGGAAGCCCAGCGGAAAGCUGAAGCAGAGAAACACGUCCAAUCCUUGAACCAGUCCCUUGCAGACAACCUGACCGUGUUGGUCUCCGCGUGGCUGCGCCAACAAGAGACUGCCGGCCAGGCAUCCCACUCUUCGCGCUGGAGUGAGCGACUCCUUUCAGCAGCAAAGGCCGUCCUCGUCAACAUGGUGGGUUCAUUCGAAAGCUUCUUGGAAAACUACGUUAUCAGCAUUGCAGACAAGGAUGCGGCCAUGCAAGUAAUGCGAGCCGUGGAGAACCUCAAGGCCGUGGAGUUGAGUGCUCUAGAGACAGAGAAGAGUGCAGAAGACGCUGCAGAGCAGACGGCGGAUGCCGACCUUGCAAAGGCAGCAGCCGAAGCUGAUAAAACGGCAAAACGCGUUCGCGACAUUUUGUGA